ACUCAAAACUUGCUCGAGAGGCCUCUCUCUUCUCCCAUUUUUUCGAGGUCGUUGACACGAGCCUCGUUCCAGACCAGUGCCCUAAUCUAUCGCUUUGUCGGAAAAUUACUGCAAUUUAAGACCAUAAAUCCGAGCGACAAAAAAGAAAAAUGCAGCAUCAGAGGCUGAAGCAACAGCAAGCUUUGAUGCAGCAAGCUCUUCUUCAGCAGCAAUCUCUCUAUCAUCCUGGCCUCUUAGCUCCUCCCCAGAUUGAGCCAAUUCCUAGUGGAAAUCUACCUCCUGGUUUUGAUGCAAGCACUUGCCGCAGUGUAUAUGUUGGAAACAUCCAUAUACAAGUAACAGAACCACUUCUUCAAGAGGUUUUUGGUAGUAUUGGCCCCGUUGAAGGUUGUAAGCUUGUAAGAAAGGAGAAGUCAUCCUAUGGAUUUGUCCACUACUUUGAUCGCAGAUCAGCUGCCCUGGCUAUUUUAUCACUCAAUGGGAGGCAUUUGUUUGGGCAGCCUAUCAAAGUUAACUGGGCAUAUGCUAGUAGCCAGAGGGAAGACACAUCAGGUCAUUUCAACAUUUUUGUUGGCGAUCUUAGCCCUGAAGUCACUGAUGCUAUGUUGUUUGCAUGCUUUUCUGCUUACUCCAGUUGCUCAGAUGCAAGGGUUAUGUGGGAUCAGAAGACUGGGCGCUCAAGAGGGUUUGGAUUUGUUUCCUUCCGAAACCAGCAGGAAGCUCAAAAUGCAAUAAAUGACUUAACUGGUAAGUGGCUGGGGAGUAGACAGAUUCGUUGUAACUGGGCAGCCAAAGGUGCUGGAGUGAAUGAAGAUAAACAGAGCUCAGAUACCAAAAGUGUGGUAGAACUAUCAAACGGAUCAUCUGAAGAUGGUAAAGAGUCUGUAAAUAAUGAGGCUCCUGAGAACAACCUUCAAUAUACUACUGUAUACGUGGGCAAUCUUGCUCCCGAGGUCACUCAACUUGAUCUACAUCGCCAUUUUCAUUCUCUUGGUGCUGGGGUCAUUGAGGAAGUCCGAAUUCAGCGGGAUAAAGGAUUUGGUUUUGUAAGGUAUAAUACUCAUGCUGAGGCAGCUCUGGCUAUUCAGAUGGGAAAUACUCGGUCUUUUCUUUGUGGUAGACAAAUAAAGUGCUCUUGGGGUAGCAAACCCACACCACCAGGAACAGCAUCCAAUCCACUCCCACUACCUGCAGUUGCUUCCACUCCUGGCCUUUCAGCAACUGACCUUUUGGCUUAUGAGCGGCAACUAGCAAUAAGCAAGAUGGGUGGUGUCCAUGCAGCACUUAUGCACCCUCAAGGGCAUCAUCCUAUGAAACAGGCACCAAUGGGAAUGGGUGCAGCUGCAGCUAGCCAAGCUUUAUAUGAUGGUGGCUUCCAGAACGUUGCAGCACAGCAACUUAUGUACUACCAGUAGUAAAUAUGGCUAAGCUUUUGCUUUUAUUUGAUGAAAUCUAUUUAUAUCCUCCGACUUUUUUCUGAGUUUAUCAGUCUUCAGUGCGUCUUCUAUAUCUGAGUUUUUCCUUCUUUUUGGUGAUCAGAUUCUUUUGCACCUACAAAUGGAAAGUAUGUUUGUUACACCUAUUUUCUUUUUUUAGUGUCAUUGGGGCCAGGGGCAGUGGCUAUGGGCAUUAGAGGAAGCUUGUUGAUCAAUCAGAAAGUAAUUUGAUAUUUCGUCUUCUUUUUGAACGAAAAUCUUGUUACAAACAACAUAAUACAGAACAUAUUUAACUGAUUAAUCAACCACAGCCUUCUGCUCCCAAUAAAAGAGUGUGCAAAAAGAGCUAGAAGAGAAAGCAGAGUGUACUGCCAAGAUUGGCCUCUUAUUAAUUGACGUUUCUGAUUUUUGUGCUUA